AUGUCAGUAGACAUGAAUGUCGCCGCCAAUCGCUCGUCCAGGUUCAUCCCGGACCUGCCUACGGGUGAGGUGCCCGAGGCCGGCGGGUCCCUGGAAAGCCUGCUCAACCGCUCGUCGCUCAUGGACGUUCCCUUUCGGGGAAUGCAACGGCAGCACCCCCUCGUGUACCUCGCAGCCUUGGACGAUCCAUUCCCAGCCGCUGGCACGAUCUCCGAUAUCAACUUCCAGGCUUACGCCGGGUUCGAUAUGACUGGUCACCUGGAAUGGGGCGUGGAUGGGGUAUGCGACAGUUGGGAUGAAACCACCUACACCGGGGACUCGUACGAGCCGCGAUGCAGACUGUGGUACCAAGGCGCCAUCGAGAACGGCAACACCGGGGUGUUCUUCACCAACCCUUACGAGGACGCCGACUCGGAGGAGCUGACCCUGACGGCAGCGGCACCGGUCUUCAACUCGGCCGGCACCGUGGCCGGCGUGGUUGGGCUGGACAUCAACACGACAAACAUGGAGAGCUCCAUCAAGAAUCUCAAGGUCAUCAACGACGACGGUUAUGCUUACCUGCUGGCCCCGGGCGGGGACGGGCAGGUGGCCGUUCACCGGGAUCUGCUGAACUACGGCGGCGUGAACUACAUCCUGGACUUGGAGUUCGGAGACGGCGCCGACGAAAACGGCGAGGAGGAAUCACAGUUUCUUGAUCUUGUCACCGAGAUCUCCACCGCCUGCUCCGGCUCCGCUGAGUACUCGAGGGACGGGAGCACGUGGAUCCUGGCCUGGAAGCACGAGACCGUGAGCGGCGCCGGCGCGUCUACUGCCAGCGACAACUGCGGCGACGGUGGCUUCAUCGCCGUGGUGACGGUCAGCGAGUCGGUUCUGUUGGAGGCCUUCUCCAGGACGAAAUCACAGAUUUCCCGGGUGGUUAUCCUCGCGAGCCUCAUCAUGGCCCUGGUGCUGACCGUAAUCGCCUGCAUCACGGGUAUCACUGCUCGAUUCGUGGCUGGCGGGAUCGUGGGUCCGAUCAACCAGCUCAUCUACGUCGUGCACGCACUCAACAGGAUGGAUUUUUCGCGGCAGGUUGCAGGGCCUCAUAUGGUCAACCGCAUAUCCUGCCCCGAGGUUGAGGAGCUCAUGGAAGCCGCCCCGGCCAUGAACACGGUUGUAAAGUUCGCCACCACGACCCUGGCCACGGGAAACAUUGCCGCGGCGAAGGUCAUCUACAGGGAGGCCCUGACCCUCUUCACAAUACGAUGCAACGACAGUGGAGUCAGCAUCGUGCGCAACAACCUCGGCAAUGCUUACGCGAUGGAGGCCGAAGAGCUCGUGGCGCACGCAAAGGACGAGGAAAACCCGGCCCAAACCAAGACCCUGAUGGAAAAGGCGAAGGAGUGUUUCGCCGACGCCGAAAUCAACUACAAGGUCGCCAUCGAAGACGCCGAGAUGCUUUGCGCAGCCACCCUUCACCGACCGAAUGGCGCUUCACCGCUGCACCGGGGCGCCCACCACGGUGGUCAUGACGGUGUCGACGAGGCCAAGUUUGAGGAAGACGUUGAGGCUGCAAGAGCCGCACGGGCGGAUGUCGAUGCAAACGACGACGACGAGAAUAUGUCACACGCCGCUCUUUGCCGGCAGCUUGCUGUCCGCAAGUUUAACCUCGCCCUGUGCACCGAAGCUAAGGGCAAUAGCGCCGUGUCCACGGGGGGGCAGCCAGACCUUGAAAUCAUCAACGAGGCCAGAAACCUGAUACAGCAAUGCAUCCAGCUAACCUCCGCCGGGGGGAACAUUGGCGGAAACCGCAACAAAGGCAACACGAAGAACGACCUGCAGCGAUUUAGAUACCUCCUCCAAUUGGCCGCCCUGGAACGAAGGCAGCAAGGUAGAUCUCGGGAGGCAUGGGAAGCACUGGAUGCGGCCGAGCUGGUGAUCGUGCCCUACGAGAACAACCACCCCGAUGGGGGGCCCGGGGCCGCGAUGGCGACGUCACUGGAAACACCAGUGCAGAUCCUCCGCCAGAGGCUGUUGGAAGAGCGCGCCGCCCACUGCGUAGCAAGCGGCAACCACGCGGAGGCGAUCGCUCACUACACGCAAGCCAUGAUAGGGACGGGAGACAUAAUCGACCUCAGCGUUGCCAGGGCAUCGCUCUGGGGGCUCCGCGGUCUGGCUUCUGACGGCAACUACGGCCGCCUCUUCUCCCCCGACCUGCUGGUAGCCUUGGGCUUGCAUCCUGACGCGGACACGGAGCCCGAGGGCUUGACCUCGGCAAUCGACCAAGGUCUGGACAAGGUCAAGACGGCCAAAACGAAAAUGGAAGCGCUUCAAGACAACCCUUCUAGGAAGACCCAUAUAGAUUUAUGCUUCGUGAUGGACUGCACAGGAUCGAUGCAAUAUUGGAUCGACCAGGCCAAGACCAAGUUGCUGGACAUCAUCAACCAAGCGAGGAAAGACGUCGCCAACAUCAACCUGCGGGUUGCCUUCGUUGGGUAUCGUGACUUCGGAGACAGGGUACGGUACGAGUUGUUCGACUUCCACAAAGAAAAAGAUCUCCCCGAGCUUCUCGCCAAGCUCAACAAAAUUGAGGCCUACGGAGGCGAUGACUUCCCAGAGGACGUCGCCGGAGGGCUGAAGCUUGCGACGGAGCUGGACUGGAGGGGCACAAUCCGCCUUUGUAUCCUCAUCGCCGACGCCCCCUGCCACGGUUCCAUCUACCACGCCGGGGUCGGGGACAGGUACCCGAACGGCUGUCCGAAGGGAAACGAUCCGUCCAAAUUGCUCUACAAACUGCAGUACGAAAUAGGUGCCGAUUUUUACUUCAUCAGAAUCACGGAAGUCACCGACAGGAUGAUCCGGGUGCUGCAGAACAGGGCGGGGAAUAUGUUUGCUGAAUCAAGGACUCACCCUUCUUCCCGGCAAGGGCUCAGGGUGGCCAAGAGGCGUGACAUCGUGGUGCACGACCUUAGUUCGGAGGACAACCGCUUCCUGGAGGUAGUUGUGGAAAGCGUCCUUGACAGCGUCUGGCGGUAUCUAUUCCAGGAGUAAUAGGUCUCCCGGAAAAAACACUGAAGAGGACGGGGAAGGCAUGGAUGCUGUCCACCGCGUCGGAAAUUGGUGCGAAACAGAGUAUGGAUGCUGCUCGCGGGCAUCCUGAAAGGCAUGUGCAUAGUAUGUUGAGAUCAGUGCAAGGGCUGGGUCCCCUUCAACAGGUUCACCCACAU